CAUGAAGGUUCUGCUCAUCCAGGUCCAACUUACAGUCAAACCAGUCUGACUCCACGCACUGUUUGGAUGGUUUCUACUGCUGCAGAAUUUAACAGCUAACAUUUGAGCAUUCGUUUCGAGAGGAGGAGGAGGAGGAAGUAUAAUUUUCUUUGGAAAGGCUUGGAUGUUUAGAAGUAUAUUUUUUUUGUGGAACAACAUGAGGUACUCCAUUCUGAAGGGACUCCAGGUGGUUUUGUUGAUACAUCACAGCACAUCUGAAGGUGUGUCUACUCCCAUCCAGUUCCCCACUGAGGUCGCCUACCAAAAUGGCCAGAGCUUUCCCCAGGAACCUGAACUGCCCAUUGCAGAGACUGUCCAUUUAGGGUCCCCUCCCCGCUUGAAGGAGGUUCAGCAGGCAAUGCAGGAAGCCUCAGAGCAAGUGAAGGGCCGUGGGGCCGAAGAACUGUUGAAGGAACUACUUGAGAGGGUGGUAGAGGCAGCUCUGGGACAGGUAGAAGCAGGCGAUCAAGCAAAAGACGUGGCUCUGGAGAAGGAAGGGGCAGAGGAGGGUCCAUUGGGAGUUAAAAUGGGAGAGAGGGAAGCUGAAGAAGAAGCUGAAACACUGGCGCUACCCUGGGAGGGGAGGAAUAUGAGCCUUCAGAUAGGAGAUAAUGGUUUUGAAGAGAGUGACGGAGUAGCAGAGGUGGAGGCAUUAAAAAACAUAGCUCGAGGGGCUAAAGAAGUUGUCAAGGAAGAAGGGGAAACAGUCGCUGGAUCUGUUGAGGAGAUGACAGUCAGAGAAGCAGUAGGUUUGGAGGUUACUGGUGAGUCAUUAUUGGAAACUAAGUCAACUCAGGGGGAUGUGGACGGACCCUCGGAGAAGACAGAAGGGGAUUUAGAAGCAGGGAAGAAGGACAGCGAGGAGCAGGUUUUGUUGAUAGUUCUAAAGAACGCCACUGAAAGAGAAACACAGGAUGGAGAGGAAACACCAGCUACUGUGGAGGUGGCAGUGGGCGAACAGCCAGAGCAGGAAACAGAGGAAGAGUCUAUUACUGGCCUUGGAGUGGCUGAUAAAGAGCAGAUAGAGAAUAGCAGGAGAAAGGAAGCAGCUUUGCUUGAAAAAAGUCAAACAGAUCAAAUGGAUGGAGAGGAAAUGUUACCUCAUCCUAAUGGUCAUGUAAUACAAAUAAAACCUGUCAUGGGAGAACUAAUAAAAGAAGAGGGAGAGAUAAGGAGUGGGGAGAACAUGGUCCGACUAGAGAAACCGGAUGAAAAAAGUGUCAAAGAGCAGGAAGAAAAGAGAGGAGUAGAAGGCACAGAUGUAAGGGAAGCAACAGUAGAGGCAACAUAUGGUGAGGUCGAAAUCAAGGAAGGAUCAGUGGCACAGGUGGUUAAAGGAGGUGAUAAUGCUGGAGAAGAGGAGCAAAAAGCUUUGGAGGAUUCGGAGCACAAUGAGGAUCAAGGAGCACUGGUGAUCCCUGGUCCACCAUCUGAGGACCGCAAGAAGGACUUUAGAAAAAAGAAACCUGAAAUCCAGCUUCUUACCCCGAGGCCAUCCAUCGAUGCAGAUGUAAUUGAAGAUAAUACUCUCAUUGAUGCAAAAUCUAACCAUCGCAGCAAGAUAAUCAUUACAAAUCCCAGAUUUUUGCCAGAAAAGGAUGGAGGGAUCACACCCACACUGGAAAGGUUUGAGAAUGACGUUUUUGCUGAAUACCAUCAGGCAGAAGGAGAGAAAUCAAAAGGAACCAGAGAUGUAGUGGAAGAUAUACUUGGAGCAAAAGAGAAAAAUGAACAAGGACUUGAGGCAUGGAAGAUUGGGGCUAUCUUUACUGCAGUCUUCUUGGGUUUGGAGACUGUCGUCAUCACUAUCUACGUUCUCAAAUGUCGUAAUAAAAAAAGGAUAGCCCACCUUGAGCAAUCUGACGUGGCUUCAACCUCGGCCAUAAAAAGGGGAAAGCAGGAAGUUGAACAUGCAAUAGCCAUGUCAGACCUCUCACCAAGCACCACAGAGAUGCUUCCCAGUCCAGGACCAGGAUCAGACUCUUCACAAGAUUUCAGGACUUCCGUGUAAAAAGAUCUAUCUCUUCUCUGUUGUUUUAACUAAAUAAAAGCCAAUAAGUCACUUUCUAAUUGUCCAACCAAUCGCAGUUCACCAUGAUAUUCUCCAAUACUCACCAAAUCCUACACAGAUUGCAAUUGCAGUUCUGCUGGGCGGCCCUCUCUUGACAGGUUUGUUGUGGUACCAUAUGCUUUUCAUUUGAAGAUGAUGUGGCGGUCUAGUAAAAUGGGACGAUCAAGAUUUUGAUAUUUUUUUUAUAACCCACAUUGAUUUGUACUUGUUAACUAUUUGCUUAAACAUAUGAAUAUGCCAUUUUCAAUGUUUUAAUUAUUUUUUAUACACACAUUUUCUCAUUCCACUGCACCUACCUAGACUAUCACAUACAGUAAGUUUAAAAUAUUCAAGGUUUUAAUUUAACAAAAUAGGUGAAAAGCCAAGGGGGUGAAUACUUUAACAAGGCACUGUACAGCAUAAAUUGACCAUCUUACUCUCUUAUCCUGUGGAAAUAGUGAAUCUGUGAAGUCUCAACAUUUCUAGGUGUAGUUUACUGCCGCCCAGCAAUUGGGUUAAAGAAGAAAUCCAGCAUUAUAUUUAUGCUUGCUGUUGAUAACAGUGUAUGUGUAUAUGUGUGCGUAGUUGAAGCUAAAGAUUCUGUAACACUUUCCAGUGAACAGGAGAAAAGUGCUUUUAGGUGCUGCAAUCUGUACACGUGGAAGUUUGUGCAUGCAAUACAAAUUGUGACUGAUAAAAAUGUACAUAAAGUAGGUUGAUAUCUGUAAUAUUUUGCAUCGAGUUGUGAUAUAUGUUACACACUUUAACUGCUGCCAGGACAUAAAUGGCAUCUCACAAAAAUUGAGUAAGCAUUAAAAAAUAAAAUAACAUCCACUACA